UGCCUAGAAACGGCCCCGGCUGGCGUCCCCCCGCCCCCGUGGUUUUCCGCCUCCGACUUCCCCAAGGGCACUUCCGGUUCCGGCCGCGGGCCGGAGGCGACAUGGCGGCGUCAGCGUCGGCAGCUGCAGGGGAGGAGGACUGGGUCCUUCCCUCUGAAGUCGAAGUGUUAGAAUCUAUCUAUCUGGAUGAACUACAAGUGAUUAAAGGAAGUGGCAGAUCCUCACCAUGGGAGAUCCUCAUCACGCUGCACCCUGCCACCGCAGAGGACCAAGACUCACAAUACGUCUGCCUCACGCUGGUGCUGCGCGUGCCGGCACAGUAUCCCUAUGAAGUGCCAGAGAUCUCUAUCCGUAACCCCCGAGGGCUCUCAGAUGAACAGAUCCACAAGAUCUCACAGGCACUGGGCAGCGUGGCCAAGGCCGGGCUGGGCACUGCCAUGCUCUAUGAGCUCAUUGAGAAAGGCAAGGAAAUCCUCACAGAUAACAACAUCCCCCAUGGCCAGUGUGUCAUCUGUCUCUAUGGUUUCCAGGAGAAGGAGGCCUUUACCAAAACAGCCUGUUACCACUACUUCCACUGCCACUGCCUGGCUCGCUACAUCCAGCACAUGGAGCAAGAGCUGAAGGCGCAAGGCCAGGAGCAGGAGCGGCAGCAUGCUGCAGCCAAGCAGACGGCGCUCGGUGUGCAGUGCCCCGUGUGCAGAGAGCCUCUUGUGUACGAUCUGGCUUCACUGCAGGCAGCCCCUGAGCCCCAGCAGCCGCUGGAGCUGUACCAGCCCAGCGCGGAGAGCUUGCUGCAGCAAGAGGAGCUCAAGCGGCUCUACCAGCGGCAGCAGGCGCGGGGGGGCAUCAUUGACCUGGAGGCGGAGCGGAACCGGUACUUCAUCAGCCUUCAGCAGCCUCCUGCCCCUUUGGAGCCAGAGUCAACUGGAGAGGUCUCCAGAGGACCGCACCUCCCCGGGGCCCCUGCCGCAGACCAGUCUGCCUCACCAGCUGCCCAGCCCACCCUGCCAAGUCCUCUGCCGGGGGCCACCCAGCACGUGUGUGAAAAGAUUUCCGGGGCCAGGCCGAACCAGAGAUUGGGUGAGACCCAAAAAGCUAUGCUAGAUACCCCCCGGCCCAGUCGGGGCCCCUGGCGACAGUCGAAUCGGAAGCACCUGAAGGGAGGGGAGUGCCGAGCCCCCAAGGGGACCAGAGACGCCCAGGAACUGCCACUCCCUGAGGGAGCCCUCAAGGAACCCACGGAUUUAAAGCCGGAGCCCCACAGCCCAGGGGUCGAAGGUCCUCCCCAAGAGAAGGGGCCUGGCAGCUGGCAGGGGCCCCCGUCCCGCAGGACUCGGGACUGUGCCCGCUGGGAGCGCUCUAGAGGUCGGACACCAGGCUCUUCGUACCCCCGCCUGCCUCGGGGCCAGGGAGCGUACUGUGCUGGCACUCGGCGGGAACCUGUGGGCCUGGAAUCUGAGGAUGGGUCCUAGCGCUACUGGGUGGGGGCAGGGGGCACGGGAGGGGGGGGCAAUAAAGAGACUUGGCCUUGUUUGGCUUUCUUUGCUCAGCAGUGCCUAGCCUGUGGAGUAUGGCUCUUUGUAAAUUCCUAACAAGACUGGGCUGUGGCAGGGUGGCCCCCAACUUGGCUCGAAGUCUGUUCUCUGCCCACUAGCGAGAUGUCAACACUUGGGCAGAGACCACCCUGACAUGUAACUCACUGCAUAGGUACGCACAUCACACAUGUACUUAGUUUGGAUGCCUUUAGGUGGAGGCACGUGUCCCCAUCAUCUGUCUCCGUGGUGGCCUGACCCUGCGGGCCCUGCGAUCGCAGCCCCUGCUCUAGCAGGCACAGUCCAGGGAGGAAGCAAGGGAGCUCAGAGACCAGGGGAGUGUGGGCCGUGUUUAUUGGAGUCCUGGCUGGGCAGAGCUGCACACCGCCUCUCAGUCACCUCAGGGUCUCAGUGUUGUGGAUCGCCCCUGUAGGAUCGUUUUUAUGCAGCAUGAAGUAGCCUUGUACCUGGGCAGGGCUGAUCUCGUUUGUAGCCUUAAGGACACGUUCUGCAAAGGUCUCGGCCAAGGAAGGUGCUUGCCCUGGAUAGAACCUCUGGAACAUCUGGGUCAGCUGCCAGUGUGAGCAGUAGCCCACGUACUCCUUCAGGUCGACUCGUCCAGGGCGGAUGAGGGCAGGGUCCAGUCUAGGAGGAGGCAGGGGAAGCAGAGUCAUAGGCUGCUGCAUCGGAAAAAAAACUCGCCUUCCCGACCCUCCUGAGGCACUCGGGGUGGUGCCCCCUCCCCUCACCUGUCAACGUGGUUGGUGGUCAUGAACACAAUGCGUGCCUCAGUGGAAGCCACGCCAUCCAAGGCAUUGAGAAGUCCGCUAAAGGUGAGGCGGCCUAGGCCUUGGUACUUGACUGGGUCUGGGGGAAGGAAGAGAGAAACACGAGGGAUGAGCAUCCCUCCACUCACUUCCUGACCACCCGUGGGCCCCUGUUGCUAGCACACGCUUCCUCCAUCAGCGUGCUCUGGGUCCCUACUUUCUCCUCCUGUUCCUCGGUUACUCCUGUACCUCACGUAGGGCCACCCCCCUGCCUCCAGCUCCCGUCACUCACUCUCUGCGGCCAGGUCCCGGCUGAGGAAGGCCGCGUCCACAUCCUCCAGGAGCACCAGGCUCUGCUGCGGGGCCACGCUCAGCAGGUGGUUGAGCCGGUCGUCGGAGAGGCUGGGGUCCGUGAGACUCAGCAGGCAGAUGCUAUGCUCCAGCUCCCCAGCCAGGGCUGUG